AUAAGUGGGAGGGACUCAACUGACUUACACCUACGUACUUCUUUAGUAAGAAAUCGACUACUUUCUCAAUAGAAAAACACUUCAUUGUUUAGUCGUUGAUUUUUUUUCAAUUGAUGAAAAAGCAAAACAUUUUUUGCAACAUAAAAAUACCACAUACUAUUGCUCAUUUGGAAUUGAAUUGUUUUCUUCAUUUGCUAAAUUCAGUCAACUGGUUUAUUCGUCAUUCACGUAAAACGAUUUAAAAAUUUUUUUCAUCUGUCUUUCUUUCAAAACUAGCCUAUAUAAACCCAAAUCGCACAUAAACAGAUUUUACGUGUUAAGCUUUCUGCAUUUUUAUUUUUACUCCGUAUAUAGAUAUAUAUAUAUUUAAACGUGUAUAAAUUGCAGUUGAAAGUUUAAUUCACAAUUAAACUAUAUUAAAAUGAGAAAUAAAAAUGUGUAUAAUGCCCAACGUGAAAGAGAUUACAUCGAUGACUGUUUGCGUCAUGUUGGCAGUAGACAACAUUUAUUUUAUGAAACGCAUAUUUGUCCAGUUUACCGUAUAAAUGCAAAUCCAGCUGAACUAUACUCUGAAGCAAGAGCCCUUACACUUCUGGAAAAAUAUCACCGUAAAAGGCAGUCCCAUUGUACUGGGAGUUUAUUAGAAGAUCGCAUUAGUUUUGAACGCAAUAAAUCAUCUGGUAAAAUACCAUUUCGCCCAUGGGUUUCGUAUAAAGAAAUUAAAGAGCUUUUCUUAAGCCGAACAAGACCACAGUUUUUUGUACUUUGUAUAGAUUCCAUGUACAGUGCGAAUAGAUACUAUGAAAUAUACAAAUGCAAAAUUUCCGAAACGUCACAAACUGUUGCUGAAUAUCUUAGGCGAGCUAUGAGCGAUAAGGAUAAAGUGUUGCGGGAUUUAACAUCCAUACGUCAAGUCGUUGUUGAUGAUGUAGGUCGAGUUCGAUCAGUGAGUAACUUUGAAGUUGAGGACAAUCGUGCCACACUUCCAGUAGCGGAAAAUCAUCAUGUUAAUUCAACUUAUGGAUAUAAUACAUCACCAAUUACAAUAACACCACUUAAACAAAGCUAUACUCCUCAAUUAGAUGGUGAUAACAGACGUCGACUUGUCGAUGGUUUAUUGGAUGUAACAUACCUAACUUACGACCCACAUAAAGGCAUUAUAACCAAUAAUCAAGGACCAGUCUACUUAUACAUGUGUCGACCAAGAAGUCAAUCUGGUAUUCGGACAACUUCAAACUACUCAGACAGACGAAGCAGUUAUGGUUAUCACGACGAAAACCACAAUAUUGUUUACAGCUACAGAAGAGAGGAAAAAACUGCAGAAGAAUAUUCUACCUAUAACUAUUAAAAAAUGCAAGCCUAAAUGAAAUAACUAUUUAGUAUACCACAAAAUACUACCAGGAAGACAUAAUAUUUGUUACUUACACAGUGAGUAUUUAUGAUUAUUUUAGCUAAAUAUAAAUAUAAAACUUUCUGCUAACCAAAACUGAAUACUUUUCUGAAAAGGUGUCUCUUUCGUAAUUUAUUUAUUGCAUUCCAAUAGUUUUCGCCUUUUUGUGUAAAUGUUGGCUAAUCCCAGAAUUUCCGAUUCUGACUUAAUAAAUACUAUUCAACAAG